AUGUCUUCAGAACCAAACAUACAAGAACAACUUAGUCCUUCUUUAAGUACAACAUUAGAAGAAGAAACAGCUAUUCCCCUUGAACGCACUCGACAUAACUUUUCAUAUACAGCGAAUGAACUUAGACAGAGAAAUGUGAUGACAGCCAAUAAACAAACAGCAACAAAGACCGAAACUACUACUACUACUACAAUACUUGAAGACUCAAAUGGAGGAGGUUUCUAUGAGUGCAAUAUUUGUUUUGACACUGCUAUUCAUCCUGUAUUAACCUUGUGUGGCCAUUUGUUUUGCUGGUCUUGUUUGGCUCAAUGGCUUAAUGCACAGUCAAGAAAUCCUACUUGUCCUGUAUGUAAAGCAGGUUGUGGUAAGGAUAAAGUGAUCCCUAUUUAUGGUCGUGGCAAAGAAGAAAAAGAUCCAAGAACUGAUCCCUCAAUACCCACACGCCCAGCAGGUCAAAGACCUCCACCAUUGCGUGAUCCUAAUCGGCCAGUCACAUCUUUCUUUGGACAACCCUUUGGAAACAAUACAUUCAAUAGAGGAGGAGUGUCUAUUUCAGCUGGAUUUGGGUUUUUCCCUUUAGGAGUAACAUUUGUAAGUUAA